GCUGGGCGCCUCUCAUAGGGUCCCGCGAGCAGUCAGGCGGGUGGGAGGGACUGGAGCGAAAGUUACCGGCUCGAGAGCCGGGAAGGCUAUGGAGCCGGACCCCGCCGCGUCCCCUGGGCCUUCCCGCUCCUUCAAAGAGGAGCUGCUGUGCGCCGUCUGCUAUGACCCCUUCCGCGAUGCCGUGACUCUGCGCUGCGGCCACAACUUCUGCCGCGCGUGCGUGACCCGCUGCUGGGAGGUUCAGGUGGCGCCCACCUGUCCGGUGUGCAAGGACCGCGCGGCCCCCGCCGACCUGCGCACCAACCACACCCUCAACAACCUGGUGGAGAAGCUGCUGCGCGAGGAGGCCGAGGGCGCGCGUUGGACCGGCCACCGCUCCCCGCGCCUCUGCCGCCUGCACCGCGGCCAGUUCAACCUCUUCUGCCUCGACGACAAGGAGCUGCUGUGCUGCUCGUGCCAGGCCGACCCCCGGCACCAGGGACACCGCGUGCAGCCGGUGAAGGACACCGCCCACGACUUUCGGGCCAAGUGCAGGAACAUGGAGCACGCGCUGCGGGAGAAAGCCAAGGCUUUCUGCGCGAUGCAGCGCUCCUAUGAGGCCAUCGCCAAGCACAAUCAGGUGGAGGCUGCCUGGCUGGAAGCACGGAUCCGGCGGGAAUUUGACAAGCUCCGCGAGUUCCUGCGCAUGGAGGAGCAGGCCAUCCUGGACGCCAUGGCCAACGAGGCAAGGCAGAAACAGCACCUGGCAGAGGAGAAGAUGAAGCAGCUGAGGGAGGACACGGAGGCCUUGGCCCACGAGAUUGAGCGGCUGCAGAUGGAGAUGAAGGAGGAUGACGUUUCCUUUCUCAUGAAACACAAGAGCCGAAAACGCCGCCUCUUCUGCACAAUGGAGCCGGAGCCCAUCCAACCCGGCAUGCUCAUCGACGUCUGCAAGUACCUGGACUCCCUGAAGUACCGCGUCUGGAGGAAGAUGGUUAUGUGUGUCGAAUCUGUGCCUUUCAGCCUUGAUCCCAACACCGCGGCUGGCUGGCUCUCCGUGUCCGACGACCUCACCAGCGUCACCAACCACGGCUACCGGGUGCAGGUGGAGAACCCGGAGCGCUUCUCGUCGGCACCCUGCCUGCUGGGCUCCUGCAUCCUGUCGCAGGGCUCACACGCCUGGGAGGUGGACCUGGGGGCGCUGGCCAGCUGGCGCGUGGGGGUGGUGCGGACGCGACAGGAUGCGUGCACCGAGGGCCACGCGCACAGCUGCUACCAUGACACGCGCUCGGGCUUCUGGUACGUGGGCCGCACGCAGUGCGUGGACGGCGACCACUGCGUGACCUCGGACCCCGCCACGUCGCCGCUGGUCCCCGCCAUCCCGCGCCGCCUGCGCGUGGAGCUGGAGUGCGAGGAGGGCGAGCUGUCCUUCUAUGACGCUGAGCGCCACUGCCACCUGUAUACUUUCCACGCCCGCUUCGGGGAGGUGCGGCCUUACUUCUACCUGGGCGGCUCGCGGGGUGACGGGCCCCCGGAACCACUGCGCAUUUGCCCGCUGCGCAUCACCAUCAAGGAGGAGCUGGACGGCUGAGGACCCCCAGGCCCGCCGGACUCCGCUUGUAUCCAGCAGUCGGUCCCAGUUCCUUGCUGUCCCUUCCCAAAGCCACGCUCGCCUUGGUACCUCUCUACCGCCUGCCUUCUUACCAGGAUCUUCCCAUUGACCUACCCUGUCAUUUUCUGUGGCUCCAGGCCACGGGCCUCUCCCUCCCUUUUUUUUGUCGCUUCUCUCCCCUUAUUUGAAGUCAGCCAGAAGACACUUCCUGGGUCAGGCUUUUCCAAAGUUGUGGCAUCCUCUGGAUGUGAAUUUCCUGAUCCAGAUUCUAAGAUUUCUGGGGAUAAUGUUUGUUUCUAGAAUGGGUCUGUUUAAAAAAAUGUAGGUUUUUUGUUUUUUUAAAAUCAUUUUCCAAGUGUGGUGAGGCCAGCAGAUGGGAGGGGACUGCUGUUGAAAAGAGUUUGUUACUUACAGUUCCUAGGAGAAGGGGUGCUGCGGUGGGGCGGUGGAGGGGACCAGGGGACGCACCAGAGUCCUUAGGAGGCAAGGGGCGUGCCUUGCAUGGACAGGAACAGAGGAGGCAGGGUGCUGGGUGAGUGGGUUUAUGGUCGGCAAAUCUGAAUACUUUUCACAGGUUCUGGGGCAUAGCGGCUGCCCCUAGUUGUCCUGAAACCUGAAUGUGGGUUGAUUGUGCAUGUGUGUGUGCUCAGUCAUGUCCAACUCUUUGUGACUUUAUGAGCUGUACCCACCAGACAUCUCUGUCUGUGCAGUUUUCCAUUCAAGAAUCCUGGAGUAGGUUACCAUUUCCUAUUCCAUGAAAUCUUCCUGAUGCAGGGAUUGAACCCGCAUCUCCUACAUUGGCAGGCAGCUACUUUACCGCUGAGCCACCUGGGAAGCCUGUGGGUUAAUUAGCCCAGGGGAUUAUUGGCUUGGAGUGUGGAGCCCGGUGCCAGCUUGGCACAGGUGGUUGGGGUACCGUCUUGCAUGUAAAAGGUUGACUGCAUUCAAAAGGUGUACUCACAGGGGAGUUGUUUGCUGUCUGCAGGAACUUGCUAGCCAGGGAAGCCCCAGGAGCCAGAGUGUCAAGAAUUCAGAAAAGAAGAAAAUAUGGUUAUUCCAGCACCAUUGCCAUGGCUUUGGGCAGGACCCAUGCCCUGGCUUGUCUGUCACUUUAUACCGGUAUUUAAAGCUGCUCCGUGGGCCUCGGUGGGGCCCUUCAGGGCGAGGGUGGGGACAAGGCUGCCCAUCCAGUCGGCUCUAACUUACAGAUUAAGACUUCUUGCACAGUUUCCUCUGAACAGAGUUUCCAGAGCACUUUAAAAAACAAUUUAAAUACGCUUUUCACUUUCCUCAUGUGCAGAUGAGAUAGUAGAUCUGGAAGGUGAUGGAUGUGCUGCAGUCGUGUGGAGGACCUUUCUCUGGCUCCUCUCUCAGGUACAGGAGGAGGAGGAGAGGGGCCCUCUGUGUUAGGACGGAAGGGAGGCGGUUCUGUCCAGGGAGGGGUUGGUGUCAGGAACGAGGAGGAGGGGGCUCCAGGACUCUGGUCUUUGCUGACCUCAGCCUGCUCAUUCUUGUUCUACUGCCUUUUACAUCAUCCUGAUUUCUUCUACCCCAACUGUGCCUCCAGAUUCCUAUCCCCACAUUUUCGUCUUCACACAUGCCUAUGGAGAGUUUUUAAUUGUUACCUCACUGUGUCCUGGGACAGGGAAUGUCUCCCCAUAGGAGCAGUGUUCUAAUGAAGGUGUUUUCUUUACUGAAGACUCACAAACUUUCUCCUGCUUGUGUCUCUUGGUUCACCGAAAUGGACAUUUUAAACAGAAAUGAUGAUUCAAAACUAAAAAUUGGUUAUAAGUGUGAUGUGUCCAUCAUUGGUGGCCAGGGGAGGGAGGUGGUAGGAUAUAUCACUGAGUCAAGGGGACCAUGUACAGGAGAGGGGUGAGGAUGUUGGCAAAGGGGUGGAUGUGAGCUGAGCGGCCCCUCUAAAGAUGCUCAGACUCAGCAAAGCUCAAGGCACUUUGGACCCAACACAUCUGAGUCCAGUAUGCACUUUCUGCCAUAAAGUAUUUUAUCUAGCCCAUCAAAUGCAAAUCACUACCUAAUAAAUCUUGAUCUGAAACUAUUUUGUUAGUUGUUGUAAACUUUUAAAAAUGUUUUUCCUUUCCACCUGAGGUGUUGGAAGGGCUUUGUUUUGAUUUUACAGGAUAUUGUGGAUUGCCUAGGCCCCUUUUUACCAAAAUAAAGUGAGCCAAAGCA